UCUCUAUUUCUCUCUUUCUCUCUCUUUCUUUCUCUCUUUCUCUCUUUCUUUCUUUCACUCUUUCUUUCUCUCUUUCUUUCUCUCCAUCAUGGAGGCUGUAGCCGUGUUUUCUUUCUGAGCAAAAGAACGAGACGAGCUCAGCUUCCAGAAAGGAGAGAUACUGAAGGUGACGGAGAUGGAUGAGGAUCCUAAUUGGAUGAUGGCAGAACUCCACGGGAGGCGAGGCUACGUCCCUGAGAACUACAUUAGUCUGUUACCACACCCGUGGUUUGCGGGACGUGUGUCCAGGCAGCAGGCUGAGCAGCGGUUGCGUUGGGAGGAGAGAGGAGUGUUCCUGGUUAGAGAGUCAGAGAGUUCACCAGGAGAGUUCUCUGUUUCUGUCAGCUAUGGCGACAUGGUCGAGCACUUCCUGGUUCUCGAGGGGUUGGGUCAGUACUGUGUGUGGGAGGAGACUUUCUCGUCUCUCAACCGAUUGGUCGACUUCUACAGAUCACACAGCAUCGCCCAGGAGAGACCUGUCUACCUGACCGACCCUCCUGACACACCUCUACACACACACACACCCUCACACACACCUCUACACACACACACACCUGCACACCCUCUCACACACACUGCCAUGCAUCUACCGGACCCUAAC